AUGGAAACGAGGGUAAAGAACGAGAGAAACCAGGAUGAGGCCAGCUUGCAAAAUGCUUGCUCCCGCCCCGGUCCCUGCGCUGGCGUGGGCCGGCGGGGAAGUAGGUGCGCGAGAGCGGAGGUGACCUCGGAGUCGCCCGGCCAGUUCCUCCUCCGCCGAGGCUACAACUCCUCAAAUCGUUAUCUGGACCUCGACGCGACCCCCCCUCGCCCCAGGGCCCCCAGCCUGGCCCCGCCCGACGCUCGCCUGUCGAUCAAGACCUCAAGCGCCGGCAUGGACCUGGAGCUGUUCGAGGCUCUGCUGGCCAACAUGCAGCAGAACCUGCCCCAGGGCGCCUACGAUGAGCUCGACGACGACGACGACGAUGACGACUACGAUGAGGAUGAUGAUGAGGACGACGACGAGGACUACGAGUACGGCGGCCACGAGCACAACAUCCACACGAUGAGCAACCCCUACGGCGGGGGCGAGGGCGGCGUGGGCGGCGGCGAGAUGGGCGGCGGGGACAUGUGCGGCGUCUCGCUGCCCACCAUGCAGACCAUGAGCAUCCUGCAGGGCCUGCUCAACAUGAACCCGGCCGCCCUGCCCGGCGGCGCGCCGGACAUGGGCGGGGCCAUGAGCGGCCCCAUGAACGCCGGCAUGCCGGGCAUGGGCGCCCCCAUGGACGGCGGCGCCGGCAGCUUCCUCUCCAACAUGCCCUCCUUCCUGCCCUCCAUGAACCCCGACAUGGCGGGCGCCCUCGCAGGUGCCUUCGCGGGCGGCAUGGGCGCUCUCAUGGACAGCUUCGCCGGCGCGGGCGGCGGAGCGCAAGUGCACGACUAUGAUGAGGACGAUGAAAUUCUUUCUGAUGAAGAAGACGAGGAGGACGACGAUGACGACGACGACAUCGAUGAGCGAGGACACGGCGGCAUGGGGACAGUCGCCGCCGCCGCCGCGGGCGUAGCAGCCGUGGGCGCCGUGGGCGGCAUGAUGACCUCGGGCCUCCUAGGCACACCACACCCUUCUGCUGGUCCCGGCCACCCUGUUGGGCCCGGCCACCCAGUUGGACCAGGCCACCCCGCCUUGGCCGCCCACGUCCCUAUGCCCGGCCAUCCCAUGUCCGCGCAUGGGGGGCAUCCCCAGCACCCAGGGCACGUGCCCAUGUCCGCACACGGGGCCCCGUUGGGCUUCACGCACCCUGGUUUUAACCCCACAGACAUGCUGAGUGCGCCGCCCUCGUCCGCGCCGGCGCCAGUGCCGUCCCACAGCAUGCCGUCCCACGCCGCGUCGCCCAUGCACCACACCAGCAUGGCGCCCAGCAUGAGCGGCGGCUCCGUCAGAAGCGUGGACCCUCUGGCCGGCGUGGCCAUGGGCGCGGCCGGCGUGGCGGCGGGCGCGGGCAUCCUGGCGCCCGUGGUGAGCAGCCUUCUGUCCGCCGCGGGAGGCAAGUCGCUGCAGAAGCUGGACAACUCGGACGCCUCGAGCACGACCAUGGUGGGCGACGACUCGCUCAACAGCUCGAGCAAGACGGUGGCGGCGCAGGAGCGGCCGGCGUCCGCCCCGAGCCGUGCCGCCAUCACGAAGGCGCUGGAGAAGACGCACAUCACGCCGCCGUCCCCCUCCGCCAAGAAGGACGGCGACGGCUCUCCGCCUGAAAAGACUAGUGAGCAGAAUGAGAGCGAGGAGGACGAGCCCGAGGAGGAGGCUCCCAAGCCAAGCACCCGAGUCUCCACGCCCAAGGACGAGCUCGAGGACGACAAGGCGAGCGUUGGCGCAGAGUCCGUUCCUAGCUCCGAGGAGGCCGGCGACGGCAAGUCCGACACCGAGAGCGUCCGAAAGAAGACUCCCUCGCCCGUUCUCACCGGGAAGCUGGGCCGCCUGAGCCCCACCGGCAGCGAGUCCACGCCCGUGCUCGAGUCCGCCAGCUGCGCCUCCAUCACCGACCUGGCCAGCGCGACCGAGUCCAUGCGCGACUCCGACACCGACAACCACUCGGACGCGCACAACGUGACGGCCAACCUGUCCGACCUGGACAACGACCUGCACGAGACGCAGCCCAAGGUGCGCGCGCCACCCCAGUACGCCGUCGGGGCGCUGCCCAUCGUCAUAGAGAAGCCCACGUUCGGCUGGCAGUCCAUGGUCGGCCUCGACACUGCGAAGGACGCCCUCAAGAACCUGUUCAUGAGCGAGUCGUUCCCCGAAGUGUUCGAGGGCACGCAGGGCACCUGUAAGGGCGUGCUGCUGUUCGGGCCGUCGGGCUCCGGCAAGACGUGUCUCGCACGGGCGCUCGCCAAGGAGACCAACGACGCCAUCCUGAUCGGCAUCUCUACCGCGUACUUGGCGUCGCAGGCGCCCUUGGAGGCCCCCAAGAUCGUGCGGUACCUGUUCGACCACGCGCGCAUGCACACGCCCGCCGUCAUCCUGUUCGACGAGGUGGACGCGCUCUGCUACGACAGGUCCAGCCAGACCGCACUCCGGGCGAAGGCCGAGCUUCUGGCCCAAAUCAGAGGCUUGACGACGCUGAACCCGCCUUACCCGGCUGGCAUCGACCCAUCCACCUUCAACGACGGCCUCAUGGUCCUGGGCACCACCAACCAGCCGUGGCUCCUGGAGGAGGAUCUCAGAAGGAUCUUCACCUACAACAUCCACGUCAAACUCCCCAACGAGAAGGCGAGGGAGGAGCUCCUAAGAAUGUUCCUGCAGAAUCUCCCACAUAAUAUUAACGACGACCAGUUCAAGUGCCUCGUAGCGAAAAGCGAAGGGUAUUCGGCGGCCGACAUCAACACUGUGAUCAGACAAGUAGCGCAUAUGCCUCCCAGUGAACCAAAAUACAUACAAAACCCGCAUCGGGUCAUCACCUAUGAUGAUCUGGCAACUGUGAUGACUGAUUACAGAUGUAGAUUUACAGAGGAAGUGUCUGUGAAGUACCAGAGGUAUAUCAAAGCCGCAACGCACAGAUCAGAAGAGCGGCGGGAAGACAGUAAAAAGGAUGGCAAGAAGGAGCCCAAGGGUGUGAAGAGGUUCGGUCAGCGGAUCGCAAAAUCCCUCGCUGCUGCGCUCGUCGCUGUGAUAGACUAAACCGUUUUCGUCUAGAUUUUAGUGAAAAGACAGACCCUGGCGGCGGGGCACAGUGCCGAGGCUGCUGCGCCUUCGUCGACGUCCUGCCAGCCGGGGCCGAGGUCUCUGCGGAGGUCGUAGGGAUGUUGUAAUUAGCUCUGUACAGUCUAUCUGUGAUGAACCUUUGUUUUUUUAUUAAUUGGACCUCCUUUGGCCAUGGCGCCGGCUGGGUCUCUUGAGAAAGAGAGAGUGAGAGAGAAAAGGGAGAGCGAGAGAGAAAAGAGGAGAGGGAGACGAUCUUGCGACGCCUCCUUCUCACCCCUACCCUCCUCCUCCUCUUCCGUCUCCUCCUCCUGCUACUCCUACUUCUCCUACUCCAGCUCAUCCCUUCACGACCCAAAGAAAGAGGGGCGUGAAGAGGGAGAAAGAGAGAAAGAGAAAGGAGAAAAAAAGGCAAAAGGAAAAGGCAGAACGCAGCCGUGCCCCAGCCAAGGUCGGAAGAACUUUUAGUCACUCGAGUCAUUUCCUGAUCCCCACCAUCUACAAGCAAACCUCCGCCCGCCCGCCGCCCGCUCGCACGCUCGUAUGCCCGCACAUUGACCGCCCUCUCCUCCCUCCCUCCCGCCCGCCCGCCAAGUCGCCUACGCCCACCAGCGCCUCCCGGAAGCCCCCAGACGCCCGAACUCCCCAGCAGCCGAGGGAGAAACGAGAGGGACCUGUGAUAACCUCUCGCGAAGAUGAUGAAGAAGAAAGAGAAAAGAGAGAGAGAAAAAAAAAGUGUGAUAGCUCUGUGAAGUGAACUUGUGGAAUCGAAGAAAAAAAAACUUGACGAAUGGAAAAAGAAAAGCAAGGAAAAAAAAUUACAUAAAAGUGAUGUGAACUUAAGUCUUCUGUGCUUCCUUCAAAUGGUGUUUUGUGUACUGGAGACUCUGUGUUUUGCGCCCCAGUUGCAAUGUACUGCUUUGACCGAGACCGCCUGGUGGUUGGGUGUCCCGAUGAAUGGGGAAAGGUGAAUGUGCAAGAGGAGGAGCAGAAGGAGGAGGAGGGAGAAGGAGAAGGAGAAGGGGCCAAGGAGAAGAGAAAGAAAUGUGUGAAUGCUAUAUAUUAUAUAAUGUAGAUAUAUAUGUAUUAUGCAAUAUAUGUAUGCUAUAUAAUAUAUGAUAUUUGUUGGUUCCAGGCGGCUCGAAGCAAGGGAUGCUUGAAUACUGUCACAUGCUUGUGGAAUGAGUAUAUGAAGGGUGCUUCUUAACAGCAAUCAUGAUUACAUUAUAUAUAUAUAUAU